CGAGAGUUGAAUAAUCUAGAGUAGGCCCACGCGUGGGUCGCGGAUUGAGCGCCUGUGAUUGGUCGCCUGGCAGUCAGCGGCACUUCAAAGCGACAGGGAAACUACAACUACGGGAGAGUCAGGCGGGAGGAAGCAGUUGUCUUCUUCACUCAAAGCGAAAACACUUGAGACGUGCGAAGUAAACAACAUGGCUGCUACUUUACUUGGGGAGGAACCCCGGCUGGGCAGCGCGCCUCUGGCAAUGCUGGCCGCCACCUGCAGCCGGAUCGGAGACCUGAGCCCCUCGUCCUCCCCGGCGCUGUCGGACGGGACCUCGGGGCUCGCGAAGGGCUUCCUCCCGUGGAGGAGAGCGGCGCCCUGCAUGUCCUCCGGCCUGGGCGCCAACCUCUCCUCGCUUGGGACGCACUCCUCCAGGAAUAACGUGGGCGGUGGGCUUUCUGAGGGGGUCAACGUGUCCGCCUUCUCCAGCGCCUUUACCGUGUCCGCGCCCUGUUCCACGUUUGGGAAUGACUUCUCCAUGUACCCCAGCGCCGUGUCGUCGGACGGCGGCGUCCACGAACACACCAACGCGCAGCGCUCCAUGUUUCUGUCCAAAUUUCCCACGACUGUGGACGGCAUACCGGGGAUCUAUCCGAGGAUGCCCGCGCACCAUUAUGAUUCGUGGUUCAAGCCCGAGGUUGGGAACGUCUCCAACGGCUCUCCCGUUUGGUGGGACAUGAGUGCGGGCUGGGUGGACACUCAGAGUCCGGUGGGCUUGCCCUCUCCCAUGAACGGCUACAGCACAGAGUACAGCCCUCUGUCCCACGGCCACGCCGCACUGAGCCCCGGCCCGCCGCAGCAUCUCCUGCAGGCCAAUUUCUCCGACGUCAAGCCGCAGCUCCUGGAAAGCUUCAGACCCUCAAUCACGCGCGCCUAUUCAGACUCCAACGGUAUCGGCGCCUCCGCGUUGACCGAGAACGCGGUGCUCUCGCUGCCCGCCUCCUCGCGGUCCUCCUCGCGUCGCUACACCGGGAAAGCCACAUGCGACUGUCCCAACUGCCAGGAGGCCGAGAGGCUCGGGCCGAGCGGAACGAGUCCACGCAGGAGAGGCCUGCACAGCUGCCACAUACCUGGCUGCGGGAAGGUGUACGGCAAGACGUCGCAUCUGAAGGCGCACCUGCGCUGGCACACCGGCGAGCGGCCGUUCGUCUGCAACUGGCUGUUCUGCGGGAAGCGCUUCACGCGCUCCGACGAGCUGCAGCGGCAUUUGCGCACGCACACGGGGGAGAAGCGCUUCGAGUGCGCCGUGUGCCACAAGCGCUUCAUGCGCUCGGACCACCUGAACAAGCACGCGAGGACGCACAGCGCGGACGGCUCGGAGGACGGUGGGGCGCCGGGGGGGUCUCUGGGCAAAGGGGGCAGCGACACGGAGAACAGCGCGUCCGGGAGCCCGAGUCACCAGUCCCCGGAGCUGUUGCUGCACGCUGCUAAGGAGCCAGGGCUGGGCCCCAACCCACACAACUCUGCUGAUUAACCUGAACACAAAAGUUAACAAGAACAAGUGACUCUUGCAAGAAAAUUUGCAAUAUCAAAAAGAGAGUGCUUUUUAGUUGUGGGACAGGAACAGAAAACUGGGCACUUUAAUGCUACGCUUCACCCGUGGAUGGAAUUGUCCUUACCUCAUCUUUAAUGUCCCAUUUGGUUUCUGAUGACGUCAUUGACCGUGUUGGUACUGCGUGCUUUAGGCUACUUUUCUGAUUUUAUGAAUGAGUUUUUUUAUUGGCUCAUUUUUCCCAUAGUGAGAAUUUUGUCAUGUUCUGUCUUGAUAUGUGGCACUUUGAACUAUAAUGUCUAUUUAUUUAUUUUGGAACAUUCUCUUUUUGUUGUUUUAGUUACACUGGGCAUGUGUGGUAUUUCUCAUAAAUCAAUUAAACUGGAUAUGACUUAUAUCGUCUGGUUGUAUUUUAGUAUUUUAGCUAUGUAGUGCCUACACUUUAAUAUCUCUAUUGGAGCAAAACAAUUUAAGGCGAUUUUGCGUAAAAACGAGUAACCUCUUUUUGAACUGCUUAUAUAUUUAAAAUAAACUCGUCGAUAAAAACAAAAACAAAAUAUAAUAUCAAGUAAGGUGAGCAUUAAUGUAUUAAUGAAAUAUUCUUAAUAUUCCAGGCGCAAAUGUUGGUUAUGAAUGAAUUUAGCACCACCUAUUGUUCAUUUUAAAUCAAUCGUACAGCCCCCUAAAUGAAUAUCGCUUAAUAUUAAUUGAUACAUAUAAAUAUAGAAUUUAUAUAAUCUAUAUAUAAUAAUGUAGAUACAGCUUUGAUACUUUAUGGUCAUUAUCUGCAGGUGAAUACUCACUGAAAAUAAUAUCAGAAAGCCUCAUCUCUUUGGAGAGGCUAAUACAACGUUUAUUUGCCCCAAAACACAGAAUAUGGCCAUUAUGAAUUUCUAUCAUAUAAUCUUCCCAUCAAGCCAGUUUUUUAACCAUAAAAUGACCCAAGGAUUGAUUUGCCAUGUGAUUAAUAUUGGUUCAUGUAUUCAAUUAAAGUUUUCUUUCAAUUCUAGUUUGGAUCAUUUUCCUAAUAAGGUGCUGAUAAGAGUAGAAAAAUAACACUAGAAAAACAGAUUUAGAA